AUGAGAUUUUUGGGACUUGCACUUCUGUUGCUGUCUGCAGCGGUUUUGGCCAGCGCAGCAGUUGGACGCCGCGAGGAUGAGGACGAGGUGUUGGGUCAGCGCUACCGGCUGUAUAAGCGCAACGCCGACCGCAACGUUGAGGGUCGUUCACUCGCGCAGCUGUUGGCCCUAAAGGGUGGCAGUGGCGGUAGCAGUAACGGCAACUGUGGCCCGGAUACUUCGACGACAACAGAGAUAAUUCCAUCACCCUCCACAACUACGGGCAGCUCGACCGAGACAAUCACACCAUCAGUGACCUCUUCGGCCCGCGGCUACAAUGACGACAAUGAUGAGGCUGCCGACGAUCAGUUUGCGGCAAACGAUGACGAUGAUGGUUUCGCCAACGACGAGGACGAGGACGAGGAUGUGGCUAACGUCAACGGCCUCAGCCUGUUCCGCCGCGGCAGCAACAGCCGUCCCGGCCAAGUCCUCACCCUCCAGGAGUACGAGAUGCGCCGCCAGGCCGAGGAGAACAAGGAGCUGCGCAAACGCAUCGAGGUCCUUCGCCGCCAGAACAUGCAGAAUAUUCGCCGUGCUCAGCGCGCCCGCAGGCAGCAACGUCGCCGCAACAAGAAUCAGCGUCGUCGCUCCGCCAUCAGGAACCGUAAUAUUCGCCGCCGCCUCCAAAAUCGCCACCGCAACAACCGUCGCCGCCUGAGGAGGAACCGUCGUCGCAAUUAG